CCAAAAGAGAGCCCAAAAAUUGAAAGAAUAAACACAUUUGUUCCCUCCGGCGUCCGUCUCAUCGGUUUUCUUAGUUUUACCCACUUGAGUGUUCUUCCAAAUCCAAAUUGCAAACAACAAUGCUCCCCAUUUCCCCAUUCUUCCAUUUCAUUUUUCUCUUCUUCUUUCUCACCAAUUUCAAUGCCACCGCCGCCGACUACCUGAAGCUCCCACUCCUCCACAAACCCCCCUUCUCCUCCCCUUCCCAAGCCCUCUCCUCCGAUACCCACCGCCUCUCCCUCCUCUUCUCUCGCCCCAACCCCACUCUCAAAUCUCCUCUCAUCUCCGGCGCCUCCACCGGCUCCGGCCAAUACUUCGUCGACCUCCGCCUCGGCACCCCUCCCCAAAGCCUCCUCCUCGUCGCCGAUACCGGCAGCGACCUCGUCUGGGUCAAAUGCUCCGCCUGCCGCAACUGCUCCCACCACCCUCCCUCCACCGCCUUCCUCCCUCGCCACUCCUCUUCCUUCUCCCCUUUCCACUGCUUCGACCCCCACUGCCGUCUCCUCCCACACGCGCCUCCCCAUCUCUGUAACCACACGCGCUUCCACUCCCCUUGCCGCUUCCUCUACUCCUACGCCGAUGGCUCCCUCUCCUCCGGCUUCUUCUCCAAAGAAACCACCACAUUGAAGACGCUUUCUGGGUCCGAAAUCCAUCUUAAAGGACUCUCGUUCGGCUGUGGAUUUCGGAUCUCGGGUCCCAGCGUUUCGGGCGCUCAAUUCAGUGGUGCACGUGGCGUCAUGGGAUUGGGCAGAGGCUCCAUCUCCUUCUCCUCUCAACUCGGCCGCCGAUUCGGCAACAAAUUUUCUUACUGUCUUAUGGAUUACACACUCUCUCCUCCGCCCACCAGCUACCUAAUGAUCGGCGGCGGCCACCGUAGCCUCCCGGUGACCAAUGCCACUAAAAUCAGCUACACCCCCUUACAGAUUAACCCUCUCUCCCCCACAUUCUACUACAUUGCCAUCCACAGCAUCACCGUCGACGGCGUGAAAUUACCCAUCAACCCCGCCGUGUGGGCAAUGGACAAGCAGGGAAACGGCGGCACGGUGGUGGAUUCAGGGACGACGCUGACGUACUUAGCGAAGGCGGCGUACGACGAGGUGCUGAAGGCGGUAAGACGGCGAGUGAAACUACCGAGUGCAUCCGAGUUGACUCCGGGGUUCGAUCUGUGCGUGAACGCGUCAGACUCCUCGCGGCGGCCGAGUCUGCCGCGACUCAGAUUCCGACUCGGUGGUGGGGCGGUGUUUGCGCCGCCGCCGAGAAACUACUUUCUGGAAACGGAGGAGCGAGUAAUGUGCUUAGCGAUCCGACCGGUGGAUUCCGGCAAUGGGUUUUCGGUGAUUGGGAAUCUGAUGCAGCAAGGAUUCUUGUUGGAGUUCGAUAAGGACGCGGCCAGGCUGGGUUUUUCAAGGCGGGGCUGUGGCCUUCCAUGAACUUGGAACUUUUUUGUUUUCUUUAUUUUUCUUAACUCGACUCAUGAGUUUGGAACUCGCAACUCAUUUUCGAUUUGCUAAAAAUUAUUAAAAAACAGUUUUUAAAUUUUUAAUAAUAAUAAGGUACUAUGGAUUCCAGUA